AUGGUCGCCCCCCAGCCCUCCACGGCAGCACGUCAGCCGGGCAUUUCCUCCCCCCAAAAAAGUAGCGAGCGCGUGGGCCUGCGGGGGCAGCAGGCCUGCCCCGCUGUCGGGACGCAGAACCGAAAACCGUCGAGAUUAGUGGGCAGCCACGGACGGCCGAGGCGAAAGGCUGGACGCUGCCGCACCACGGCCGUGCACGCGCGUCGUUCACUCGCCAUCUGGACGAGCGGGUUCGUAACUGUUUGUGUCAUUAGACAUCUUUCACCUCGCCCGCUGGUUAGCACGGGGACGGUUCAGUGUCUCAAACAGAGAGUAAAGGGGAAGGGGGGCCCGGGAGGAGAGCGGCGGCUCGGCUCGGUGGGUCCGGGGGCUCGGCGGAAUGCCUUUCAGCGCCGGAGUGCCUCCAGCCGGUCCCCCAAAGGGCCGAUAAGAGGGGCCGGAGCACUCCACGUUAGACAAAUAACACGAGCCCGCCUCAACAUGAAACCCACCGGCCGGCAGCCGAGGACACCGGAGCUUAGCGGAGACUCCGCCAGGCGGGGAGCUGGACCCGAGCUGGAGGAGGAGGUGGAGGAGGUGGUGGUGGUCAGCGGAGUUGAUAUUGUUUGCUCCCUUCUCGGCUCUUCUUUAGUCCAGCGACACGAGCCCGUGGACUAA